AUGUUUUUAGUGGACCAUUAUAAAAUAUAAAAUAAUGAUGAUAUCUAUUCUUAAAUUUUUGUCAAAUCCAACUUAGAAAGGGUGUCUGCCCCUACUUCAAUAAGAUAUAAAAAGAAUGUUCUGUUUUCGCCAAUAAAUAACAAAGAAACCUAAAAACCAUCUAAGUUAGUAAAAUAAUUCUUGGAGACUUAGCACAUAGAUGUAUUUCCUAAAAUAGAAAAUGUGAUGAGUAAACAUUUAAGCUCAAGCACCCAAAAUAAAAAUAAUUGUAGAAGAUCUAUUUCAUAGAACUCUGCUGAAAUUACUUAACAAUAAAGUAUUAAAUCUCCUGAUGCUCUAUAAAAAUCCUAGGCUUAUUGCUAUAAUAAUAGAUAAAUAAGCUUAGUUUAGGAUUAAAAAUUAGAUUUUAAAAAAAUUGAUAAAAUUCAAACACCGAAAAGAGACCUCACAUUUAAUGAUCUUUUAGCUAAGGUUUCAAGAAAAAUAGCUGAAUCAGAAUUGAGGAAUUCUCCCAUUAAUAAUAUUUAAAAUUAGCAAGAAUCUCCUUCAAAUAAAACAAAAAGAAUAUUUUAAUUGCCUUUGUGCAAAACUAGAUAGAAAGGUUUUUCUUCUUGUCCUAAAGAUAAAAAAUAUGCAAGCCCUCCUAUAUAUAUCACUUAAUAUAGCUUAAAUAAUAAGUGCUCCUCUCCUUCAUCUCCUAAAGGAAUUCUAUAAAAUUAAAAAUAGGAAAAUACUUUUUCAUUAAAAGAAAAUGUUGUCUAAUUUCUAAAGACAUCGAUUGAUAAAAACUAUAUUUUUCCAUCAACUGCAAUGAUUUCAACAAAAUUCCGUAAAGAAUCUAAUAAAGCAUUGUUAGAUUUAAACAAAACGCAUAUUCAGAAACCUUAAAAUCAUAAUGAAUCAUUUUUAUUUUCACCCAACCAGAAUGGGAAAUGCAUAGAUAUGUAAAGAAGUUUAGAUGAAUUUUCUCUCAGCUAAGCUAACGAAUCCACUAUUAUUGAAGCUGAAAGUAUAAAACUUCCAACUAAGUACUAAUAAAAUAUUCAUAACAGUGUAAAGAACCACUAAAAAAAAAUUGAUCUACCAAAACUAACUUCUUAAACAUAAAAAUAAUAUGAAAAACUUGUUAAAUAGUAAGCAAAUAAUUAAAGUCUUGAAGAAAAUAAUAUUAAUUCUAAAUCAAAACAAAAAAAUCAUAGGUAAGAAAUCAAUUUAAAUAUUGAUCCAUAAUUUUAUGAUUAACAGGAAAUAAAUGAUUUUACAUUUCCGACAUAAUUAAAUGUUUAACAUUCGUAAUAAAAAAAUUUAGGUUUUAAUGGUUUAAAUAGCUGUACAUAGAUUUCAACUACACCUCAUAGAUCUUCAAUAAUUAAAAAUAAAUUUUCAAAAUAGUAUUUCUAAAACUAAAAACAGCAAAAUAAAAAAGAUAGGAGCUUUGAUAACGCAAAUAAUUAUGAAAUAAACGAAAAUUUAUUUGAUAGCUAGAUUAUAGAAUUUUAAUUAAACUCUGAACAAAAAAAAAAAAAUUAAGAAAGCUUUUUAUAAUCCUAAUAAAGUCCUAAAAAUAAAAAAAUAGAAUUUAAUCCUCCUUUAUUAUAAACUAAAAAACAGAGAUCAAAAAGUCCUAGAUAUAGAGAUAUAAACAAAUAAAUAGUUCCUCCAAAAGAAGUUACUGCUUAAAGCUGGUCUGUUUUUGAUUUUGAGAGCAAUUCUUUAAUAGAUGGGAAACAGUGCUAUGUUUAAAGAGAAGUAGCUUCACUUACAAAAUUAAUGACGUUUUAUGUUGCUUAUAAAUUAUUUGAGAGCCUAUAGCUUGAUAUAAAGCUAAUUUUACUGUAAGUAACUGAAUGUUGUACCUAAAUAGAAGGUACAAGUGGAAAACUAGUAAAAGAUACAUGGCUAAGUGUUUUAGAUUUAUUUCAUGGUUUACUUUUACCCAGUGGAAAUGACUGUGCAGAAUUAAUAGCAAUAAAAAUUGGAGCCAUGUUAGAUAUGGAUUAAAAUAAGUAAUUAAAUCCUUAAAUGGAUAUGUAUUAGUUAAACAGUGAGCUUGAUAAGCGAGCUUCUCAAGCCAAAAUGAUCUUUAUAGUUAAAAUGAACGAAUUUUGUAAAGAUAUUGGAAUGCAUUCUACAUUUUUUUCAAAUGUUACUGGGUUACCAGACAGCAAUAAUGUUUCUACAGCCUAUGACAUAGGGCUUUUGUGUAUAGAAUGUAUGUAAAUUCCAGUAUUUAGAUAAAUUGUAAGAAAACAAGAGCAUAUUGCUGACGUAUAUGAUAAUUAGAGUGAAAAAUCUGAUAAAAUAUGGUUUAAUACUAACAAGCUACUAAAUAACGGUUUUUGUGGAAUCAAAACAGGAAUUACUCAAUCAGCAGGACCUUGUCUUGCUAGCUUCAUAAAAAUAAAGGAUUCUGAAACAGGUAUAAAAAAAUAAAUUAUUAUAAUCUUGCUUGACUGCUAUACAGUAGAAGAUAGAUGGGAAGAUUCUUAUCUGCUGGCUAAAUGGGCAAUUAAAGCAGUCUAAAAUAAUAAAUUAAGAUUUAGUGACUAAAAUGAAGAUUGA